AUGUGUAAACUCGACGCGCGCAAUACAGCUGCGCCAAUCUCAACCGAAACGAUGUCUAUCCAGCCCUUCAUCGGUACUCGUAUCUCUAUAAUAACACAUCGCGAGUUACGUUACGAAGGACUCCUCUAUGACCUAAACUCCGAUGAAGGGAUAGUAGUGCUGCAACAUGUGUACUGCAUGGGCACAGAAAACCGAUGGGCGGAUCAACCCGUACCACCUUCCCGCAGAGUACAAGAUUUCGUUAUAUUCAAAGGAGACGAAAUCAAGGACUUGAGUGUAUGCGAACCUGGAAAGGACGAUGAUCUCCACCAUGGAGCAUUCGACAACCCUGAUAUACUAGGCGCAUACCAUGACCGUACAUUCGAAUUGCCGGGUGGGCUAUCCCAUUCCCGGGUCCACGGGAUCGAACGCACGCAUGCCAAACACCCUGAUAUGAUGCCAAUAGGCAAACACAUCAUAGACGGUUCUAGCUCGGGGAUACAGAUGGCAGACUCUGAGAUGCUAGAACUGGACCCUUUGCGUAUAGUGGCACCUCAUAUCAAAGAGCGACUCCAAGAAGGAUACGACAAAUUCGACGUAGCAAUGCCUCCCCAUUCACUGUCAAAACCCUUUUACUCAAACGGCAUACACCCGGACGGCACGGAUGCGCUGGGGGAACAUAUGACAAAUGGAGCAGUCGCUAGAAUGCCAAAAUGCGAUAUAUCCACUAUGUACAGUGAUAUGUCGCCUCAUAUGGAAUCAGAUUCUGAUACUGGCAAGCAUGAUUUAGUGGAGUUCGACUUUGGACCGGACCCGUUUGCUGAAUCGACGGCGCCUAAGCUCGAAGAAAACAAAAAAACUUUAUCGCUAUUCCAAAAAACAACGCUGUGUGAACAAAAGGAUCUCAAACUUCCGCAACCUAAACAGAAGGCUGCAAACAAGCCUCGUGGUGACAAAACAACGAAAGCACCAUCUGUAAAGAGCUCCUACAUCGCUCAAAGUGGCAAAUCUCACACUAGCGAAUCGCAAAACAAAACACAACGGCAAAAAACGUAUGAUCUACAGUCAAAUAUUACAACCACAGCAAAUGUGGUAAAAGAAAGUAGGCCUUUCUAUGACAAGCGCAGCUCAUUCUUCGACAAUCUCUCAAGCGAUACUCAGGGCAGCAGACGGAAUAUGCGGGAAGAACGACAGCGGGAGCGUGCAAUCAAUGUGGAUACUUUUGGUGAGGACACCGUACGACGGCCACGCCACAACCGUGGACGUGGCAACGGCGACCGUAGGAGGCCAGGGCAGUGGAACCAUGGGGGAAAGAAGUCUGACGUUGCAUCAGAUGCAGCUGUGAGAGGGACUAAACAUAAGGGGUCCGAAAAGACUGCCAUGACUGUUGCAGACCUUGAAAGUGGGCCAGCAACGCUAACUAAAUGA